ACCGCCGGAGAGGCGAGGAGAGCGCGCCGCUGCUUCCCGGUGCGGCCCCGUCCGGCCGCCGCGCAAGGAUGCUGGUGAAGGCGGAGGUCCUGGCGCCGCCCGCCGAGGACGAGCUGCUGCUGCUGGGGCUGGGCUCGCCCGCCCCCUCGCCCUCGCUGCCGUCCAGCGCCGAGGAGGAGGAGGAAGAGGAGGAGGAGGAGGAGGAGCUGCGCGCCGCCCCGCCGGCUCGCCCCGUCGAGGCUCCGGGCGGCCGCGGGCUGCGGCGGGCGGAGGGGAAGCGGCGGCCGGGGCGCUCCCGGGGCGCCCCGCGGGCGGCGCGCACGGCCGAGACGGCGCAGCGCAUCAAGCGGAGCCGGCGGCUCAAGGCCAACAACCGCGAGCGCAACCGGAUGCACAACCUGAACGCGGCGCUGGACGCCCUCCGCGACGUGCUGCCCACCUUCCCGGAGGACGCCAAGCUCACCAAGAUCGAGACGCUCCGCUUCGCCCACAACUACAUCUGGGCGCUCACCGAGACCCUGCGGCUGGCCGGGGCGGCGCGGCUCGGCCCCGACGGGGCGGCGGCAGCGGCGGUGCCCGCCGAGGGCAGCCCCUCGCCCGCUUCCUCCUGGAGCGGCGGCGCCGCCAGCCCCGCGCCCUCCGCCUCCCCGUACGCCUGCACUUUAUCGCCCGCCAGCCCCGCGGGCUCCGCCUCGGAUCCCGAGCACUGGCCGGGCCGCUUCGCCCCGGGGCCGCCGCUGCCCCGCCGCUGCCUCUAG